CCCGUGUCCUCCUUAUGUAAGAAAGGAAACCCUGACUUAACACACAACUAGAAAAAUUUUAUUUUUAGAGUAAGUUAAUAUUUCUAUGUCUUAGAGCUGAACUUCCUAAAGGGCAGACAAAGUAUUCACCCUUCAAGAUUUAUUUUUCUUGAAUAUUUCCAGCAAAACACAACUGGACUGAGAAAUUGAAGUGAGAGAGAGGAUCAGUGGGUGAGAAAGAAAAAGGAAGAAUGAGUUCCUCCAAAUCAUCUGCAUCACCACACACAGGGAAGAUUGCCCACAUUUGUGUCUUUCUUUCUGCAGAGGAAGGAUUCUUCUCUUCCCAAGGGUUUGUAUGGACUGCUGCUGGGGUCUCCAUCCUACUUCUCAGUGCCUGUUUUGUCACCAGAUGUGUUGUAACGUAUCGCUUCUUUCUACUCUGUGAUGAGGAAAAUUUCCAACCACAUGAGAAUAUCACAGAACUCUACGACUACAAUGAUGGCUCAGGUUCCGUCAAGAACUGUCCAUUGAAUUGGAAACAUUUUCAAUCUAGCUGCUACUUCUUUUCUACUAACGCCAUGACCUGGACAUCAAGUUCAAAAAACUGCUCAGCCAUGGGGGCUCAUCUGGUGGUUAUCAACACAGAGGAGGAGCAGGAAUUUCUUUUCCAUACAAAACCUAGAAGGAGAGAGUUCUACAUUGGACUGACAGACCAGGUGGCUGAAGGCCAGUGGCAAUGGGUGGAUGGCACACCUUUCAAAGAGUCUCUGAGCUUCUGGGAUACAGGUGAGCCCAACAACUUAGCUACGGUAGAAGACUGUGCUACCAUUAGAGACUCUUCAAAUCCAAGGAAAAAUUGGAAUGAUGUACCCUGUUUCUUUAGCCUGUUUCGGGUUUGUGAAAUGCCAGAAAGAAAUAUUUCAAAAAAUCUCUAAGAAGAGAAAGCACAACUUGAAUGUGUAAAGGAAGAGAACAAGAGCAAGAACACAGCUAUAACCCCAACGUAAGGAGCGUACACUGCACUUCAUAAGGACUUAAUGUUUGUUGCUUUGAUAUAAAUAAAAAUAGGUACUUUUUAAUGUUAUAAAUCAUGAUACCAACUGAAGUACUUUUUUUUUCUAUACUGCUCUCACACUCUUCUCAGAAUUUACAAAGCAAUUUACAAGCAAAUGCUGUGAGAGGAGAGGAAUGGUUUUUUUUGUUUGUUUUUUGGUACAUUUGCUUCAAUUGUACAUGUUUACAUUGAAAAUACAGGGACAUAGAGCAAGUACGGGAGUCCCUUGGUGGUGCAAAAGGUUAAUUUACUUGGCUGCUACCCAAAAGAUGGGAGGUUUAAGUCCACCCAGAGGCACCUCGAAAGAAAGGCAAGGUGAUCUACUUCUGAAAAUCAGCAGCCAUUGAAAAACCUACAGGGCACAGUUCUACUCUGACACACACAGGGUCACUAUGAGUUGAGGAUGACUUGAUGAUAACUGGGGAUGGUGUGGUAAAGCAAGUACAAAGUCUGGGAGAGAAGGCAUUUUGCAAUGUGCCUUUGAGCAAUCGUCUAAAUUCAAGCCCUGUGUCAAGUCCUCUCCUUUCUAGUUCCUGAGAAAUCUGUUUUCUAUUGCUGAUCUCAUAUUGUUUUUCUUCUGCACCCAAGCAUGUCUUCUCUAUGUUCUCCUGUACAAUAAACAAAAACUUCUCUCUGCUAUGAAGCUUAUUUCUGCACCAAAUACUGGCACGUCUGGCCAAAGGCCUUUACCACGGCUCCUUAGGGAAAGGCCAGGCUAACCUUCAGCUCUACAACAGACACCCAUAGUCCAUCAUCCCAGAAUCCCUUACCUCUCUAUGCUUUUCCAUUGACUAACUGAAUCUCAUCUGAAUAUGUGUCUAUUGCUCAGAUGGGGCCUGAAUCCAAUAGGCAAAUUAUUCUAAGAGAACAUUCAGCUUGACACAUUUUCCUGUCUCCGAUUUAUCCAUCUAUUGCAUGAUAUCCUAUCAAUAAUGAUAAUGUUAUUAAAAAAUACGUGAAUAAUGAGUCAGCUUUUAUAACCAUCUUUAUCACACACAGUGUUGUAGAGACCCUCAAAUUUAACAGAUGGGAAUUAAUGUAUAGUAACUGAAUGGAUAAAUUGAACUGAACUUAUUAGCUUUCUUUACAAAUGUUCAUUUUUCUUAUGCAUUUUGACAAUCGGUGGUUUUGAAAUCAAGACGCAUUUAAAACCAAAAGCCAUUGAAUCUAAAAGUAACCCGAUGAAUAUACUUUCAACUUUCUAUUCCCCUUUAUUUCAAUUAAAAACAGCAAUGAGAAAACAUUGAAAGGCAUGGAGAUUUUCUUUUUCAUCACUUUUUUUCCCUGCACCAAAAAACCCAGACCCAUUGCUGUCAAGUUGAUGCCCACUUUUCACACAGCCCUAUAGACACAGUAGAACCGCCCAAUAGGGUUUCCAGUAAAUCUUUACAGAAGCAGAUUGCCACAUCAUUCUCCCACAGAGCAGCUGGUGGUUUCCAACUGCCAGCCUCUUGGGUAGCAGCCAAAUGUUUUAACCACUGCACCACCAGGGCUCCUCCUUUCUUCCUGCAGGUGGCUAUAAUUUUUUAGUUUUUUCUCUAUUUAAAAACACGCAGAAAUGUUAUUCUUUAUUGUUUCCCCAAAGACACUUGUAAUUUAAUUUAUAAAAUUAAUCAUUGUUUUCAAAGCCUGGCAAGAAACAAUUGUGAAUGAUUUUGUGGUUAAAGAUCAUUGAAAUCUAACUUACAUAUUUGGAAGGUUCUUGUGAGAAAAGUAGAUCAACCAGCUGAAACCAUCUUAAGACAAUAUUUUAUAAUUGGUGCUAUGUAAAUACUAUGUCACUUUAGGCAGCAGAAAACCCAGAAAGUUACAAAACAUAAAAGAAUAAUUGAACACCCAUAUUCCCAAGACUCAAAAUAAGCCACUGUUAAGAUUAAAACAUUGCCAUAUUGACCCCUAAUAUUUUAAGAGAAAAAUUACUCUCCCACUUUUUAUAAAGGUGAUAAAAAAAAAAAAAACCCACUGCUGUCAAGUCAAUUCUGACUCAUAGCGACCCUAUAGGACAGAGUAUUCAUUAUUAAAAAUUUGUACAGAGCACAACUGAUAAAGAUGAAGGUAAAAAAAAAAAAAAAAUCCAAAUCCAAA